UUCCGCUGCUGCCACCUCAGCAUCGUUCAGCCGCCAGGCUCCUUCACCCUCCACCUCCGGGCUGGCGUGGCGUGCGUGACGGUGUCCGGGGCGGGUUGGGCCGCCCGCACUGCCUGCGUCGAGGGUUACCCGCUGAUGGACGGCGCCUGGCAUGUCGUGGCGGCCGAAUGUCCACGGCCACAAUUUAGUGAUUACCGUUGAUGACGGCGACGGCUGGCGACGAAACGAUUCUCUGGUGACUCUUGAGGCGGCAGACGGGAGCCCGGAGCCGCCAGUUUCCCCUGGAGAUCGACGCGAGUCAGGGGGCGAUGGUAGGCGUGUGGCAGGAACCAGCAGACACGAGCCAGGGAGAGGCGCAGGAUGACUUCCACAGACUGUGUGUGGACGACCUGCGAGUGUCCGGCCAUCCCGUGGCCGCUUCCGCCUACCGUCAACACCACCACUUGGGGGCAGGUGGCCUCCUGGGGGGGCCUGGACUCCGGCUGCUCAGCUCCAGACGCUUGUGUCAACAGCACCUGUGUCGCGCCGCUCACCUGUAUCUCCACGAUGGGCGUCGCUGCCUGCAGGACGCGCAUCUCGCCAGCAGAUGUGGAGCAGGGCGGCGGCUGACGGGCGGCGCCUGCGAGGAUGUGGAUGAGUGCCUGUGGCAAACCGUGCCUCAGCGGCGGCACCUGCUACAACACCUGAGGCCGGGCUUCCUGUGCGUGUGCGGGCCGGGCCACUCCGGGGAAAACUGCCAGUGGACCGAACCGGCAGCUGCGGGCCACCACCCUCGCGGCCGCCCUCGCCCUCGCCUUCCUCACACUCUCCCUCCUCCUCCUCGGUGAGGGAGUCAGGACACACUUUUGUUCAAUACUUACAAAACUUCUGUAUCUCCUGACACAGCACUGCUUCCACAAACGAGAACGAAAUGGAAUAAAGCGGAAUGAAAGACUGUAAAGUGUGUGUUUCUCUGUUAGUGGGUGGU